AUGGCAGAUAUAGAGAGGUUGUACACUGUCACAUACCAGGAAGUCUGUGACAGGUUCAAUAAGCAGAAUACCUGGGAAGUGAAGUCCUCUGUGAUGGGCAAGAAACCUCUGGAGGCUGCCAGGAUCAUAAGAGACAAAAUUGAUCUUCCCAUGACCCCCGAAGAGCUCCUGGAGGAGACCAGACAAGUUCAGGAGUGAUUAUUUCCCACAGCCUCUCUGUUGCCAGGUGUGGAAAAGCUUGUGAAUCAUCUACAUAAACAUUGGAUUGCUAUUGCUGUUGGCAAAAGCUCAGCAGCUCUAACAUUUGAGAUGAAAUCCAGCUGUCAUAAAGAGUUUUUCAGCCUCUUCAGUCACAUUGUACUUGGAGAUGAUCGUGAAGUAAAUAAGCCACACCCUGAUAUUUUUUUUUUUUUGGUUUGUGCCAACAGAUUCUCUCGCCCAGCCAACACUGAACAAUGCCUGGUUUUUGAAGAUGCACCAAAUGGGGUAAAGGUGGGUCUGGCAGCUGGAAUGCAGGUGGUGAUGAUCCCAGACGAUAACCUGGACCGCUGCCUCACCCAGGAGUCCACGUUGCUGCUUAGAAGCAUGGAAGAGUACAGACCAGUACUUUUCGCUCUCCCAGCCUACCAUUAA